AUGUCAUCCCAUGAUGCUGCGGAUGGCUGUGUUGUAAUUCCAAAAAAUGAAAUCGGAGGAGAAAACAAUUUACUUAAUUCUCGUAUGACUCCCGCCUUGCAUCAUAGCCCCACCGGUUGCAGUAUAGCUUCUGUGAAACUCCGUAAGAAAUGCGAAUUCAAAGGGACUAUCGAGAGAUACAGCUUCAAUGAGUUUGAGGCCAGCCGAGGUCAAAAUGGGAUUAAAAAAUGUUUAGACCCAGCUUUUGGAGAAGGUAGGCCUGAAAAUAAAGAUGGUCCUGGGAAGGAGCUAAUGGUAGCUGGUGCGGGAGAAGGCCAGAAAGACGCGGAGGCCGGAGAGAAUCAGGAAGAGGAAAUAUUGAUGCUGAAGGACGCGGAUGUCUUCAAGUACACUGAGGAUGAUUUGGAUAACCAGCGACACUCUGACUCUGUGAAUAUCGUGGACAUCGAGCACCUCAUGUCUCUACUUACGGAGGAUGUAUUCGAUGACGAUGUCGCCAAGCCAGCAAAGUCAGUUUCUUUGUUUCUCUGUAUUCACUUAAGUUAUUGCCUUUAUUUAAUAUUUCAUAAACUCUUGGCCCUCUUUAUUCUUAUUUGA